AGAUGGCCAAAGAAAUGCACUCGCCGGCAUGGACGAUCCGAUUUCUAUACGCCCUUCUGGUCUUGGGCAUGGCCAGUGGCCAAGAAGCGGAUGGCGAACAGAGUCAUUCCACCUCGGUUGCGGGAAUGGUGCAACUGUUGCAGCUGGAGGAGGAGCUCAUUGAGAAUCUCAGCAACUAUGCGAAUGAACUCGAAGGGAAGCUCAAUAUAGUGCGCAGUUUUGUUGAAGAAAUGCGGGCUGAGAGCAACAAGGCCAUGAGCCACACGGAAAAUUAUGUGUCCAAUCCGCUGAAUGCAUUUUCCCUUAUACGACGCAUGCACGAGGACUGGACACACUGGCAGCUGUACAUGGAGCAGCCAGUGGGCAAACAGCAGAUGGACUACAUUAAUCUGAAACGGGAACAGCUGCCUAGCAGCACAGAUCUCGAAGAGGCAGCAGCUGCCAUACAUCGCAUACAGGCCACCUACGACUUGAAGAUCUCCGACAUGGCCGCGGGUCUGCUCAAUGGCAAACAGUACAAUGCCAGCUUGAACGAGCUGGACACCUAUGCCUUGGGCAAGUACUACUUUGAUCAGCAGAGUUUUGGCGACGCCAGCCAGUGGAUCUACCAUGCCAGCAACCGGCUAAAUGGUCCGCAUAAGCUGUCUUUGCCCCUGGGCUUGGAUCCGGCUGAGGUACAGCAUGUUUAUGCCGAGGCACUUAUCAAAAUGAAUAGAUAUGCCGAUGCUCUAAAGGUUCUCCAGAUUGCUACGACAAUUGACAAAAAUAAUUUAAGACUCUUGCAACGAAAAAUGGAAGUCGAAACUCUGAUAAGAACUUCGUCUAAUAUUUCACCCAAGCCAUACAACAAUAAGCCCGUCGGCAACUAUGAACGUGGCUGCCGUGGCCAAUUCCCCACGAAGUCCAAGCUACAGUGCGUCUAUAAUAGCACCAAUUCGCCCUUUCUGCGGCUGGCCCCGUUGAAAACGGAAUUGCUUGCACUGGACCCCUACAUGGUACUCUAUCACGAUGUGAUAACACCCAGCGAGAUUCGCGAACUGCAAUACCUGGCCGUGCCCACUCUGAAACGUGCCACGGUCUUCAAUCAGAAGAUUGGUCGUAAUACUGUCGUCAAGACGCGUACCUCGAAGGUGACCUGGCUGACAGAUUCUUUAAAUCCACUGACGGCUCGUCUAAAUAGACGCAUUUCGGAUAUGACGGGAUUUGAUUUGUAUGGCUCGGAAAUGUUGCAGGUGAUGAAUUACGGCCUUGGCGGACAUUACGACUUGCACUUUGAUUAUUUCAAUGCGACCAUUGCCAAGGAUUUGACAAAACUCAAUGGCGAUCGCAUUGCAACCGUCCUUUUCUAUCUAACCGAUGUGGAACAGGGUGGCGCCACGGUGUUUCCUAAUAUAAAACAAGCUAUUUUUCCCAAAAAAGGAGCAGCUGUUAUGUGGUACAAUCUAAGGCAUAACAAUGACGGGGAUCCACAAACAUUGCACGCCGCCUGCCCUGUUAUUGUUGGUUCCAAGUGGGUAUGUAACAAAUGGAUACGCGAGCACCAGCAACUAUUUAGAAGACCAUGUCUCACAAGUCCCUAGCCUUAACUAUCGCCAUUUAUUUUUUUCGGACAGUUAAGUCUUUUACAUUUAUGCCUCUCAAAUGUAAUCUAUAUAGUACUACUUGAAGUAAGUAAUCUGU